AGACACGUUUGGGAGCAAAGCUAGCAAUAUAUGGGAGACGAUGUUUAUAUCGACAACAAUGUUGCUUAAAUCAUGAAGACUCCCAAAGAUUACGGCAAAAGUUAUGGAUUUUAGCGAGAAAAGGGGGCCGGGCAGCUUUGAAGAAAUUUAAACCAAAGUAGGUAAAAUGUACUCCGUAACUGGUACGACGGGUGGGUUCUUGGGGGGAAUGAGUACGAGGCAAUCCCAAGAGCUCUUCACCACCCUCACCCUCGGCUCCACGGGAAGCGGCGCACCGGCGGCGAUCAAUGGCGAUCAGAUCGAGUGGACGCAAAAUAUCGUUCAAUAUUCUCACCGCUUCAGCCGGCGGCGACGGGGAGGACCUUGAAUGGCUCUCAACCGCAGCCGCUGCUAUUCGCCGAUCCAAUUCCGAUCCUCCAGGACUGGCUCCUGAAGACGGCGCUUUAAACCCUCCCGGCAGCCAACAAAAACCACGUAAGAAGAAGAAGAAGAGAAAUCAGAGGGGAGUGAUUGAACGUUCGCCUCUUUCUGAAAAUUCCACCACUGAAACACAAUUGCAGAGUUACAUUUGCUGUGAUCCGCAGAGCAGCGCCGUGGUUUUUGAGGAAAUGGCGGCACCGCCGGAAGAGAGUAAGUGUACUGUGAGCUCGGUAAUAGGGAUGCAGUAUCGUGAACUGCGGCAGAGGAAUGCGGCUUUAAAUGGAGGUGGGGAAGAGGGAGCGGAUUCCUUUCCAGUGAGCAAGGAGACUAAGAGCAAUGGAGAUGGACAAAGCUCAGUGGAGACGGUGGAUCAUAAUGCAUUGGUGAACAGAGAUGUGACUGUGGGGCGGAAUUUGGAAACUGAAGUCUCUUUGGACUGGAAGAGAUUGAUGGCUGAGGAUCAAAACAAUGAAUUUCUUGUGGAGAAUUCACCAGUGAAAUUUUUAGUGGAAGAGAUGUAUGCUGGAAAUUCUUUAAAAAGCACCGUCUGCCUUGGUAAUGAGAAAGAGCGGGAGAGAGUGUAUGACACAAUAAUUCACCUACCCUGGCGGUGUGAACUGCUUAUAAAUGUGGGAUUUUUUGUCUGCUUGGAUUCAUUUCUCUCGUUGCUAACUAUUAUGCCAACAAGGAUCAUCAUAACAUUCUGGAAGUUUUUGAGAUUUAGACAGUUAACUUGGCCAUCCGCAGCUCAGAUCUGUGAUUUUGGAUGUUUUCUUGCACUGAUUAUUGGAGUGACCCUAUUGCAACAAACAGAUAUUAGCUUAAUUUAUCACAUGAUUCGUGGUCAAGGGACAGUUAAACUUUAUGUGGUGUACAACGUGUUAGAGAUAUUUGAUAAGCUAUUCCAAAGUUUUGGAGGAGAUGUUAUGCAAACUUUAUUUACUACCGCUGAAGGGCUUGCAACUUGUUCAUCAGAAAACAUGCAAUACUGGCUAAGGAGAUUCAUCUUAGAUGAAAUAGUAGCUGUGGCAUCGUCAAAUAUCCUUUAUUAAAAAAUCUUUAAACAAUUUGUUAUUGGU